AUGGCCAAAUUAUUGCGCGACAACGUUCAAGCGCAGGAGAACAUCGCAAACGAAGUCCCACGAUUCGUACAUCAACAUGAGCUGCCUCUCAACCUCAUCGCGCUCAUCACAGCGUACCUCGACGACCUCGGGGAUCUGGCGAGGCUAUGUCGAGCGUCCCGGCUACUCUACUACAUGACGCUGCCACAGCUCUACAAGCGGGUGAACCUCCACUCCUACCAGGACAUUCGCUACGUCAAUGGACGGCCGGAGGGCUUUGGCGGCGGGAGUCCGUUCGUCAUGGCGCUCAAUGGUUUGUUGACGGGAAACUACGCAGCGCUGGUGGAGGAGUUCCGCGUCUACGGUGACUGGCGCGAGGUUGGACAAGAAGACUUCGCAAAAGGCCGGGUGCCGGACAACAGUAUGAUGUUGAAUAUUUUAACACGAGCGUCGACGGACAAGAUGAUCAAGCUGGGGAAGUUCGCCUGGCAAUUGGACUGCAAACCUUUGAAGACGCUGUAUCAAGGCCUGGCCACUCACAGCACGCUCACGAAUCUUACCUUGCGGUUCCCGAGUGGCAGAGUACCCCGGCCAUGCGUACUGGUGCCGCCCAUACCCAAUCUGCGCUACUUCAAGGUUACGGACAUCGACCCGCUAUGUUACCCGGACGAUAUCAGCCUGCUUUUACUGCAGUCGCGCAAAUUGGAGGACCUGCGCAUACACUUCUCACCACGGAUGCGCAGGGAAGCCGAGCCCAGCUCCAGUCUCCAGACCUACUUUGGCCGGUGUCAGAAGGCGCAUUACCGGCUCAAUCUGAAGCACUUUGCGAUGCAGAAUUACUUCGGCAACAACCUUUCAGCCAUGGAUUUCGUUAUGCAGCCACACGUCCUCCUUAGCCUCACUUUCUUCGAUUGCUUUGGUGGGAUUGGAACCAGUAGCAACAAUGCCCGAAACGUGUACAUCGACGAUACAUGGAAGGAUAUUCCGCAGAAUAUUGAGACGUAUUGGAGGGUGCAGCGCGUGAACGAGGUUGCGCCACAGCAUGUCCUUCUCAUCCGCAAGAAUCUGGCACGGUUGGAGCGUAUGUAUUUCGUCAGUCCACGAUCUGGACAGCCUGAUGGUACUCUGUCUCCGGAGCAACCCAUCACGCCGAGCGAGACACCAACCGGAGAUGAAGAAAUGGCGCAGCUCGGGAGGGACUAUCUGCAGACAUUCACUCGAGACCAUGGGCAGUCGAUGCAACAUCUGCUGCUGCGUGAAGAGUGGGCUCUAACUAUGGACGAAAUUGCCGAAUUGGUCCGGUAUUGUCCCAACCUUGAGCAGCUGGGUUUAUCAUUAACUCACAGCAACUUCGCCGUCUUCCGACUGCUUGUUCCAUACCUGCCAAAGCUGAAAGCCUGCCGGAUCCUCAUGAAUGGGUGGUUGGCCGAGCACCUGCAAACGACCUCUCACGAAGAGCGCAUCGCAAUGUUGAGUGCCGACUUGUAUAAGGUCAGCGCUGACCAACUUCAAUGGAUUGGGCUUGGUGAUGUGGUGUAUAAGAUUGGUGGCAAUUACCCUCAUGUUCUUGAGGAUGGUAAUGUGGAGAUGCGGAAAGAGGUGACCAUGGUGCCGAAGAGCGAAGCGGAGCACGUCGAGAUCUGGAAGCUGGACUGUCUGGACAUGGACUUGGACCCAAUCGCGCCCUUCUCGCGAUGA